AUGGCACUGCUUCUCGACAAGCGCGGAGACGAGAUCCAGAUCACAGAAGACGUCGUCAAGGCUGCAGCUGCAAACUGGAGAAGUGGCCAGCAGAUCAUGACGCUGCUUUUUGAUAAACGCCGAGACGAGGUCCAGAUCACAGAAGACGUCGUCAAGACUGCAGCUGAGUACGGUAGCUGCGAGACUAUGGCGCUGCUUCUCGACAAGCGCGGGGAUGAGAUCCAGAUCACAGAAGACGUCAUCAAGGCUGCAGCUGAAAAUGAGAAGAGUGGCCAGGAAAUUAUAGCACUGCUUCUCAACAAGCGCGAGGACGAGAUCCAGAUCACAGAAGAUGUCGUCAAGGCCGCAGCUGGAAACGAGGAUAGUGGCAAGGAAAUCAUGGCGCUGCUUCUCGUCAAGCGCGGAGACGAGGUCCACAUCACAGAAGACAUCGUCAAGGCUGCAGCUGCAAAUGUAUUUCAUGGCCAGGGGAUCAUGGCCCUGCUUCUCGACAAGCGCGGAGACGAGGUCCGCAUCACAGAAGACAUCGUCAAGGCUGCAGCUGCAAAUGUAUUUCAUGGCCAGGGGAUCAUGGCCCUGCUUCUCGACAAGCGCGGAGACGAGGUCCGCAUCACAGAAGACGUCGUCAAGACUGUAGCUGCGAACGAGAAUAGCGGUCAGCAGAUCAUGGCACUGCUUCUCGACAAGCGCGGAGACGAGAUCCAGAUCACAGAAGACGUCGUCAAGGCUGCAGCUGGAAACUGGAGGAGAGGCCAGCAGAUCAUGGCACUGCUUCUCAACAAGCGCGGAGACGAGGUCCGUAUCACAGAAGACGUCGUCAAGGCCGCAGCUCAAACCGCGGCUUGCGUGCUUCACAGCCUCCGCUUGCGGCCAGUUAGUAUCUUUACACUAUCUUUGCCAGUAUAUCCCGCUUGA